AGGACUCACUGUGUAGCUCAGGCUGACCCCAAAAUCUUAGCAAUCCCCCUGGGAUAGUUUACUGACUUAAACGUGCACCACCACGCCCAGCUUCUCCAAUUCAUGAUGACAAAAAGCAAAGAUAAGGAGUAAGAGCCAACUAUGGUGGCCUAUGCCUUUAAUCCCAGCACAGGGGAAGCAGAGGCAGCAGGAGUCUCUGUGAGUUUCACGCUAGCCAGUGCCCCUGUGUUCAAAACAAACAAGCAAGCAAACAAACAAGUCAACAAGAAGUCUUCAGGGGUCUGGGGAUGUAUUUCCCUGGGGAGUGCUAGCCUAGCCUGCAGGAGACACAUCAAGCCUGCUGUCCCAGUGUGCUACAGGUAGAAUGGGGACCAGGAUCAUCCUCUGCCCAGCCUGGGCUAGAUGAGACCACAUCUCCAGAAAGAUUCCAUCUCCUGCUGCUUGCCCUUGGGAGGGGAAUCAACCCUGGGUGUGAGGGUUACUGACACCUACUCCUGAGUAAGGCCCCUCAACUGUUCCUGAACCCUUAUACUUGAGCACUGCGUGCUUCCCAUGGGGACCCUGACCACCAGAGAGACAGGUGCUCUCUCUAGGAAACUAGAUACAUGUAAGAGGGAUUCAGGGUGUAGCUUGGUGCUCCUUCCUUGGGAGCAAUCCUCCUGUAGUUGUUUGAUUGCAUUGAAAUUGUUUGUUUGGUUUUUGGUUUUUUGCUAGUACCUAUCUGUGGCAGGCCUUCCCAUUACAAUAUUUUACUAGUAUGAUACACACACAGUUAGCUAUCGCUUUAGGUUGAGCAACCAGUACCAUUCAUAAUGUGUGAGUAGCGCCUCUGUCCUGUUCUGAAAACGUGCUCAUCUCCUAAGGGAAACCCUGAGUCCACAGAAGUUGUUCCAUCUUUAGGCUCCAGAGUCUGUCUGGGUUUAUCUGUCUGCUCUUUCCCAGCUUGAGGAGGACAGCUCAAGUCCCCACUUUCUCAUUCUUGUCACCAAGGUGGCAGUAGGACAUGGUUUGGAUCUAUCAGGGAUCUAAACAGGACAUUAAACCUUAAAGGACAGGGACAAGGGAAGGCCACAGGGUGCCAUUUGAACUGGGUUUUGGCAUUUUACAUGGCCGUGUGAUAUCAUGUGUGCAGUCUUGGGGGCAUUCUCUGGGGUGCUGGGCAUGGAACUCAGGAAAACCAGGAAAAGUGUUCCAUCACAAGCCAAGCUGCUCUUAGCUGAAGUUGUCCCUGGAGGCGGCUGGAAGACCAGGGUUCACCUCUGGACUGUAACUGAGCAAUGGCUUAGUGUUUGUCAUGGGCUGUGGUUACAGGUGUGUUGCAGACAGAUGUGGUAACAAUGUAAGUUCUUCUCCCCCAGCCUUAGUUCUGUCUCUUGAGUGAGCUCUUUCCCCUUCUUGGUCAAGGAUGGUGUAGACUAGUCAUUUAUUGACCUGGCCAACAGUUGUGACUUGGGGUAGUAUUAACUUGAUAUUCUUCCUGUGUGGUUGUGAUGCUGGGACCUGGAGGUCUCUUCUGGGCUCUGGUGUGUGUGUGUGUGUGUGUGUGUGUGUGUGUGUGUGUGUGUGUGUGUGUAGUUUGUUACUGUAGAAGGUGAGGAAACACCUUGUGUUGCUGCCUGCCAGUCUGUGCAGGAUCCUUCUGUUUGGAUACUGUAGGGCUAGUGCUUACAAUAUCAUGCAGAAACCAGUGUCUAGAGAGGGGAAAUGACUGCCCUGUCACAUGGCCAGCAAGUGGCCUGGCUAGGAUGAGGACUUAUGUCUUGUGACUUCCCUGCUGAACGUUACUCCCUUCGCAGCCAGGGGCCUCUCUCUACUUCCCGCUGCUGGUAAGUGGCCUUGGAGUCACCUGUUUGUCCUGUUGGAGACUCUCCUGUAUCUUCUCAGGCCUCAGAUGGCCACAGGUGCCCUGCUGAGGUCAAGACAGUCUCACUGAGAUUCAUGUCUCGGAGACCAAAGCCAGGGAGUGAGCCUCUCAGCUUAGACCUGUUCAGCGUCAGGCAUGUUUUCACAGGGUGCAUGAGGACCUGAGUUCAGAUACCCAGCUAGCACCAUGGGAAAAGCCAGGAAUGGUGAAGAAUGCUCAUAACCUAAGUACAUGGGAGACAGCAAUCGGUGGAUCCCUGGCACUCACUGGGUGGCCAAUCUGACUUAGUGCUAAGUGCUAAGUCCAGUGAGAGACCCUGCUCAAAACAAUGAACAACAAAUAAGCAAACCCAAGUAGAUAUGAGGACACUGUAGCUGUCCUCAGAUACACCAGAAGAGGGCAUCAGAUCCCAUUACAGAUGGUUGUGAGCCACCAUGUGGUUGCUGGGAUUUGAACUCAGGACCUCUGGAAGAGCAGUCAGUGCUCUUAACCACUGCGCCAUCUCUCCAGCCUUAGGUUGACCUUUGAUGUCCUAAUGCAUAUGCACAUACGUGUACCUGAACAUGCACAAAUAUACAUGCCUACCCCAAGUGCACACAGUAGUAGUAGCUGACUAGUAGAAUGCUGUCUAGUGAGAUGGUAGAGAUGUUUUUCUUUCUUUUUAUUUGUUUUUUAUUGUUUUUUAGCCUCAUAAAUUUCUGUUAUGAGAAAAAAAACCAGUAGAAGCAUUUUUAGGGUGAAGCUGUCAUUUCUAGUUGUUGAUGCCCAGUGUUGAGGAAUUAUAAGGUCUAGAACUUGGAAAAAGGAAGGAAGAAAGCCAUACUUUCCUUUGGUUUCAGUGUUGGAGGGGGGCAGAGGCAAACCCUUCUGCUGAGAGAGAGCUGUGGAGAAGAGAAGCACAGGUGGGAAGGGUGUGCACUGUGUGAAGCGGAUGUAUUGGGGCCUCUGCACUGCCAUGAGCUGUGCUACCAGACGCUCUUUUGCCUGGUGUAGGCUUGACCUUAUCAAAGGCUCUUCUAGAAAAAGGACUUGUUGUCUUGAGUGUCUCUGUUUCGCCUCAAGGCCUGGAGGAAGGCAGCCAUCUUGAUGUGAUUCUAGCACAGGCUUCCGAGGGGCAAUGCUGUCCAUCAAAAUCAUACUUGCACCAGUUAGUGUCCAGGUUAAAUCGGAUUCUCAGCCUGUAGACUUCUGGGAAGGACCCUCUGUGGCUGGCUGCUGUGCCAGUCUGUCUGAUGGUCCUCCUGCCCACCCCCAUCCCAGUAGACUUCUAGUCCUGUCUUACGGUCCUUCUACCUAUCCCUUGUCCUUAGGCCUGGAAGACAGCAGCUGAGCUUGUCUUGCCUCAGCCUCUCCACUAACCGCUUGCUCUGCCUGGAACGGCCCUUCCAUGUGUUUCCGUGGGCGCUGCUUUUCUUUAUAAAGGCCUCAGCUCAUGUGUCAGCGUGCAGAGAGCCCCUACGCUGUGCUGGCCUCUGACCUUUUCUGUCCUCUCAUUGUCUCUCUCAGUGUGCUCACACACUGACUCUUCCUCUCAGUGUGCUCACACACUGACUCUUCCUAGCACAUGUCAGCUCCAUGAGAAGAUGACUCCACACCGUUUCACUCCCAGCUCGCUCACACUCCUCCUGCUGUCUCAGGACAGAAGCCCUGGGCUGCAGAACGAUGACAGAAGGCAGUUCCUGCUGGAGCGGCUGCUGGAUGCAGUGAAGCAGUGCCAGAUCCGCUUUGGAGGGAGAAAGGAGAUCGCCUCAGACUCAGACAGCAGGGUGACCUGUCUGUGUGCCCAGUUUGAAGCCGUCCUUCAGCAUGGCAUGAAGAGGAGCCGAGGAUUAGCACUCACAGCUGCAGCCAUCAAGCAGGCCGCAGGCUUCACCAGCAAAACCGAGACAGAGCCCGUGUUCUGGGUCUAUGUGAAGGAGGUCCUCAGCAAGCACGAGCUGCAGCGCUUCUACUCCCUGCACCACAUCACUGCCGAUGUUGGCCGAGGCCGGGCCUGGCUGCGCUGCGCCCUAAAUGAGCACUCCCUCGAGCGCUACCUGCACAUGCUGCUGGCUGACCGCACCAGGCUCAGCACAUUCUAUGAAGAUUGGUCUUUUGUAAUGGAUGAAGAAAGGUCCAGCAUGCUCCCUACCAUGGCAGCUGGUCUGAACUCCAUACUCUUUGCCAUUAACAUUGACAACAAGGAUUUGAAUGGGCAGAGCAAAUUCGCUCCCACUGUCUCUGACCUCUUAAAGGAGUCAACACAGAAUAUGACAUCUUUGCUGAAGGAGUCUACGCAGGGCAUGAGUAGCCUUCUCAGGGAGAUCACAGCGUCCUCUGCUGUCUCCAUUCUCAUCAAACCAGAGCAGGAAACUGACCCUCUGCCUGUCAUAUCCAAGAACGUCCAUGUUGAUGCCCGAUGUAAAAGGGAGCGGAGGAGGAGGAAGAAGGUGACCAACAUUGUCUCUUUUGAUGAUGACGAUGAGGAGCAGGGCGCUGGGGACACUUUAAAAAAGAUGCCUGGGACUGCAGAGAGUUCGGAGGAGAACUCUGACCGAUCCUCUGUCAACAUCAUGGCAGCCUUUGAAGGCCCCUUUGGGCCAAAUUCCAACGGGAGCCAGAGCAGCAACUCAUGGAAAAUGGAUUCUGCAUCUUUGAACGGGGAGCUGGGCUACCAGAAGCUUGAUGUGAAGAGCAUUGAUGACGAUGUGGAUGAGAGCGAGGAGGCUGUGUACAGGAACCCAUUAGGAAGGGGACACACGGGCCACAAGGAGUCGCCAGACAGGACACUGGAUGGGAAUGCCAGCCUCCCCCAGGUACAUGGCUGGGCCCCACUGCAGGUGCUUCAUGGAGAUGCUGAUGCUGACACUGACAUCCUCUUUCCCGUCAGUGGAGUGGGCUCCUAUGGUACAGCAGAUGCCCCUGUGGGAAGUCUGGAGAACGGAACAGGGACAGAGGACCACAUACUUCCAGAGCCUGGCCUUCGGUACAGGGAAGCUGGCUCUCCCGGCCGAGGAAGUCCUUUGAGCAGCUUGUUACCUUCUGCCUCAGUGCCUGAGUCCAUGACAGUCCAUGAACUGCGCCAAGCCAUCGUGGCCAUGAUGAACAGAAAGGAUGAACUGGAAGAAGAGAACGGGUCACUGCGCAAUCUCCUUGAUGGUGAGAUGGAGCACUCAGCGGCACUCCGGCAAGAGGUGGAUGCCUUGAGGAGGAAGGUGACAGAGCAGCAAGAGCGCCAUGCCACAAAGGUCCAGGCGCUGGCCAGAGAAAACGAGGUGCUCAAAGUCCAGCUGAAGAAAUAUGUAGGAGCUGUCCAGAUGCUGAAAAGAGAAGGUCAAACCGCCGAAGGUACUAGAGAGGUGCAUUCAUCCACAGCAGAGGUUCCAGUUUACAUUGGGACAGAUCAAACCAAGCUGCAGAGUGGACAGUUGAAAGCGGCCACUGGAUCCCCUGGAACUGCAGUUAGCUUUGAGUUGCCUUUGGAUGCAAGGACCUGUGCAGGAACAUCAAGGUCUCUUAACUACUGAGUUAUGUCCCCAACCCCUAAAGUAGACAGCUUUAACAGGUUUGUAAAUUAAUAUACACGUGACAGGUCUUGAGCAUGUAAAUAAUCUUCCUCAGCAUGAAAUUAGAAAAAAUGCAAACCCAAUUCAAACUGAGGCAAAUUCUCAGGGGUUUCAAACUGAUUUGGGUUGUAUCUUAGUUUUUAUGUCAGCUUGAUACUAAUCUAAGAGUCAUCUGGAAAAAGGACCCUUAAUCAGACUACCCUGUGCCCAGGUCUCUGAGGGUUGUUCUUGAUUGGCACAGGGCAGGCGGGCCUACAGAGCCAGCCAGUAAACAACGCUCUUUGUAGUCUCUGUUUCAGUUCCUGCUGGAGCUCCCAUGUCUGCUUUCUUCAACUAUGGAUUGUAACCUGGGAAAUGUGACCCAAAUAAACCUAUUCCACUGCUAAGUUGCAUGUGACCAGUGUUCAUUACAGCAACAGAAAGCAGACUAGUAUAAUAGUCCUUGUGUCUAAGAAUAAGAGUUUUUUUUUUCUUUUUUCUUUUUUUCGGAGCUGGGGACCGAACCCAGGGCUAGGCAAGAGCUCUACCGCUGAGCUAAAUCCCCAACCCCAAGAAUAAGAGUUUAGUGAACAAUUUCUGCAGUGGAAAUUGCAAAGCCCUGUGAAACCCAAGUGGGCGCACAUGUACACAGAUCAGAAAAAGGGUGGUGGUGGCUCAGGCCUGGAUCACAGCACUUAGGAGGCUGAGGUCAGCCUGGGGACAGAGUAAGCUCCUGUCUUGAAGAGUCUGUAGUGCUCAUGUUCUCUUACAUGAACUCUAAUCCCUACCCAAAUGCCAAUGUGACAUUCUUCACAGAACUGGACGUAAACCAACACUAAAAUUUACACACAAAACAGAAAAUGGAAUUGUCAUCCAUGUUGAGAAAGACAUCAAAACAGGAGACAUUCAUCUAGGAAAAGGGUUUCCAAGCCCACAUCUACAGUGACACACUUCCUCCAACAAGGCCACAGCUCUUAAUAGUGCCCCUCCCUGGGCCAAGAGUAUUCAAACCACCAAAAAACCAGAUAGAUCUCUAUUUUCUCCAGUUCCUUCACCAAAAUUCUUCUCAAUAUAGAUUAAAGACCUAAGUGUAGUAUCCCACACUGAAAACCUGAGAGCAGGACAUGGGUAUGGACAGAAUUAACACUGUGAGGAUUUUUAAAAUAUGACCCCAAAAGCACAGCACAUCAGGCGAAAGCUGGCAGGGAGAUUGCCUCUCACUGAAUAGAUUCCGAGAGACAAAGGAAAUAGCCACGGGAAGAGACAGCACGAAUGAUGGGAGAAGGUAUGCGGAGGUAGACUUAUGACUGGGCCUUCAUAUCCAGAGCUUGGACAGAAGCUUAAAGGGUCAACAGCAAAAAUAAGUAACCCUGCUAAACCCAGGCAGUAGACCAGCUAUUUCUCAAAGGAAGCUGUAAGUCAGGCAUGGUGGCACAUGCCAGUGAACCUACCACUGGGGAGGUUCACAAUUGAAAAGUAGAUUGAGCCUGGGCUAGAGGCUGUCCCAAAACAACAAGCAAACAUGAAAUGUCUACCAUGCAUAUGAAAAAAAUAUUAGCUUGGUGAUAUUCAUCAUUAAAUGGAAAUAAAAACCACAUUGAACUGUGUGUGUGUGUGUGUGUGUGUGUGUGUGUGUGUGUGUGUGUGUUCGUUCGUUCUGGUGAGGAUUUACAGGAGAGGUCUCUGGGGAUGUAAAUCUCUAUCUGUAUGGAAAUCAUUAUGAAAAUUCUGCAUAAAUGAAAAGUGUAAUUAUACAGUGAUUUGCAGUCCCACUCCUGGGUUUGUAAGAAAAAUAAAAUCUGUAUUGAGGGGUCUCUGCAGUGUCAGAUCAGGAAUAAAACCAUGUAAGGAGAUGAGACUAAAAACCCCGUGCACACUGACUUCAUCAUCCUGGAUCAGACUUUGGGGAGUCUCAUGCCAGGCUGCUUAUCGUCAGCAAAUUUAAAACACAGAGCAGGUUGGGAAAAGGUUUCUAGGCAACAGUCAGUUCAGUUGCAGACUCAUAAUAAAGCUUAAGGUCUGACCACAUAGAAACACCUUUACAAAGUACAUGUGACCAUGACGGUGGGUUCUAUAGCUACAAGGCUUAAAAUCUAGUGUGGUUUCUGACCAGUAGCAUAGAGUAGGCCAUAAAGUACAUGUGGCAUCUCCCCUAAGGAUGGAUAAAUGUCUAGGGAGGGAGAGUGGGAUAAACACUCUGGUGGAUUUGGGUGAGGUCUGUCUCUAUAGCCAAAGAUAGGUGAGGUCUGCCUCUAAGAUAGCAUAAAGGUCACCAGGUCAUUAACAAACCUACUCCCAGGCUUCUGGGCAUUUUAUCUCCUCUUCUGAGAAGAGGCCCCUGUGUGAUUAACAUUCUGGGUUCCCUGGUGAUCUGUGGGUGCAAUGACCUUUGUACCUCAACACUGUCUGUUGAAGAGACAUCUGCUAUCCCAUGCAACUCUGGUCACAAUAGCUAAGAAAGUAAGAGCCACAUGUCCAUCCACUGAUGUUGAGAGUGGGUGAGUAAAAUGAGUGAUUCACAGUGGAUCACCAUCAGCUCUUAAACAAAGACAUUCUGUCAUGCACGCCAGCACAGACAGAGCACGAGGAUGUUACAUUAAGUGAACUAUGUCCGUCAUGGAUAACACGAGUGUAGUGUGUUGUUGUGCAUGUGGUAUCUACUGUUUGCUCUCAGAGAAGUCACGUGUAAGAAUAAGGCUACCAGAGGCUGAGGGGGCAAGGAGAAGUUGAGGAGGGUGACUAUACACCCUAGCAAUGGACUGUACAUUCCAAACACUGGAGGAAAUGAUUUGAAAUGUUUUGAUCAUAAAGAAAUGAUAAACAUUUAUAAGAGUUGAUAUAUAUGUAUGUGUACACACACACACAAAUAUAUAUAUGUAAUAUAUAUCUUAAUUUAAACUUCAAGAAGCAUAUCCAUAUUGAAACAUCAUAUAAUAUAUCCACUAACAUAUAUAAUUUUUUUUUUUAAAUUUUUAAGAUUUUAUUCAUUUAUUAUAUAUAAGUACACUGUAGCUGACUUCAGACACACCAGAAGAGGGGAUCGGGUCUCUUUACAGAUGGUUGUGAGCCACCAUGUGGUUGCUGGGAAUUGAACUCAGGACCUCUGGAAGAGUAGUCGGGUGCUCUUAACCGCUGAGCCAUCUCUCCAGCCCAUAUAUAAUUUUUUAUUAUGCAUGUUAAACAUAAAGGAAAAAGAAAAAAUGAGUAAAAGAUCCAAAAAAGAAGGAAAACUAAUUUCCCUCUGAAGUCAGAAUGUAAAUUGGCUGUGGCACAUAAUGGUUAAAUAGGAUGUUGAAUUCUGUGUCACUCAGUGCCACAGCUUAGUUGUGUCAAAGCGCAUCGUAGAGCAGACUGAGGGCUCGGUGCCUCCUCCAGACAGUCGAGGCUGUGGACACCUCUGUAGAUUGUAUAAUCGUCCUGUUUUGCUCCUUUAUAUGUCAUAAAGCCUUAUUGCUGUGUGACCAUGAGAUAAUUAAACGUAGAGUGACAUUCUGUCAAGAGUUUUCUUAACUGGUUUCCUUUCUUUUCAUUCAGGUUUUUUUGGGGGUGUGUGUCAUGACAGCGUUUCUCUGUGUAGCCCUGGCCGUCCUGAAACUCACUGUGUAGACCAGGCUGGACUCAAACUCAGAGAUCAGCCUGCCUCUGCUUCUUGUGUGCUGGGAUUAAGGUGUAAGCCAUCACUGCCUGGCAUAUGGUUUCCUCUUGCUGUACUCUGUUUUACUACUGUUUUUGGCUGACAGAUAGUGCAGGAAAUGCCCCUGCAUGUGGAGCCCCUGCAGUGCAUCUAGUGAUUGGGGUGCAGCUCCUACUCAGAAGGGACAGGCCAAGGCUGUAGCUUAGGGAUUCUCCUCUUGUUCCCCAGAAAGGCUGUGCCCAUGAAGUGUCUAUGAAGAGAGCAGGGCUGCAGACUGCUCUCAGCAAACGUAUAGUCUGUAUUUGCAUGUAAACAGUAAUAGGGGAAAAGUAGCUCUUUUUAUUUCUAUUUCCUGAGUGGCUGUACUUUUUUUUUCUUUCUUAUUGUGAAUUGAAUUUUGUUCCAGUGAAUACUUUUUUUCUUUUCUUUACAUAUAUUUUUCUUAUUUUUCCCCCAUCAAGCAUAUAUAUAUAUAUAUAUAUAUAUAUAUAUAUAUAUAUAUAUACACACAUAUAUAUAUAUAUAUUAUUUUUUUUUCUCCUCCUAUCUAUAAGUGAGGACAGCGAGACCUUGAAAUUAGACUACUCCAUGGGUAGGACAAUAGGUUUAUUGCCAAUUUAAACUGCUGUGGCUAUAUGGGGCUGGGUGGGGUGGUAGAGAGAACCACAAAAAAAGCAGGAGAGCCUUGCCUCUCUUGAGGGAGCAUGUGGCAGUGGGAGGGAUCCUGUAGACUGAAACAGCCAGUGAGUUAGAGUAUGGGGGAGGGGGCUGGGGGCCAAAACAGCCUGGGGCUUUGAUCUGUUACAAGUGUGCUUGGGUUAAUAGGGAAUUAGAUUCUUUGCUGAUCUUAGAUGCUUGUGUCUACGUCUUUCCCUUUACCUGGUCAGAGUCUGUCAUUCCAAUAUUGCCAAUGGCAUCCACAUUUUUGAGGCUCACUUCAGACCUAACACCCUCCUGUCUUUCCCUUCCCCCUUUUCUAUUUUUUACUACUCAGCCCUUUACUGUCCUCACUGUCUAGCUCAGGACUGGCCAUGAACACGUACUCCUCCUGCUUCAGCUAAGAUUGCAGACGUGCCCCCACAUCCAGCAGCAUGUAUGCUUUAAGGGUCAUGUAGUCGUCAGAUUGCUGGCCCUUUGCUCUGAUGUGGCCCUAGUUCUACCAUGAAGGAGAAGUCUUUUCCUCUUCUGCUUUUGGUGUGCCCUAGUUUGUCUCUAGUGGUUGGUUCGGCCUAACACUUUCCAUAGGCCCUUCUCUAAGAGGUGUUCAUUUAUUUCGUCUGAGUCUGUGCACACUUGUUUGAGCACCGUGGUGCUGUGUGGAGGUCAGAGGUCGGCUUGGUUCUUUCCUUCUUCCAGGUGGAUUCCAGGGAUUGAAUCCAGGUCUUCAGGCUUGGUGGACAGCUGUCAGCCCAGGUCCAAGCACCUUAAGAAUCCACAUUUUGAGGGUGAAGCCUGUUUGUCUUUGGAGACACAUUAAGAGGCUUAGGGUUCUUGAGGAGGAAAGGUAUUAGUGGUAGUCCAGUGGAAAUCCCUUUGAUGUCUUUCCUAUGGCAUAAUUACUUCCAUAGUGGAUAUAGUUUAGAAGCUUGGAUCCCAGGCUUAAAUUUUCUUUGGAAAACAAAAAAACAGCUUUGUUUUUUUAAUCUUCCAGUAAGCUUCACAGUGGGAAGUCACAGUGGGAAGUCUGGCUGCUAAAGAGAGUCUAAUUCUGGGGUUGGGGAUUUAGCUCAGCGGUAGAGCACUUGCCUAAGAAGGGCAAGGCCCUGGGUUCGAACCCCAGCUCCGGAAAAAAAAGAACAAAAAAAAAAAAAAAAGAGUCUAAUUCUCUACCCAGCUACAGAAACUCUGUGAGGCUUAGGGUGGAGUUGAUAGUGAAUUAAAACCCAAGGUGCCAUGAAGCCUGUGUGCAACCUGUUGUGUUGGUGGUCACAGCGGUUCGAGGUUGAGGUUGAGGAGUUGCCUGCAUUAGACUGGACUGUGGGUGGACCCUCCCUGUGCUGGUGGGCUGUAAGAAAGGUCGGUGAGCAAGCCAGGAAGCAGCAUUCUGUGGUCACUGUUUGACUUCCUGCUCUGACUUCCCUGAUGAACGGUGAUGGGGGUGUAGCAGCCAAACAAACUCUUUUCUCCACAAGUUUUUUUGCUCCUGGAUAUUGUAUCACAGUAGCAGAGACCAAACUUAUUACAGAGGAUUUAAAGCUUAGGAGUCCUCUCCUCAUUGGGGUUUAUACAGUAGUCUCAUAGCUGCAACCUACUUUUCCAAUUACGUUUUUUUCUAUUUUAAUACAAUUUCAUUAAUUGUUUGAGAAUUUCAUACAAUGUCUUUUGAGCACAGUCCCAGUUCUCCCACCAACUCUGCCACACCUUACCUCUCCCAACUCUGUGCUCUUCUUUUCCCUCUGAAGAUAACCCGUAGCUAACUUGUACUGUUCUUAAACUCCUGAGUAUGAGGAGACCCAGUGCAGUAAAACGGUUAGUCCAAAUCAUCAUGGCGUGUCAUCCAGCAUGACAGCACUCAGGCAAGUGUGGUGCUGGGGGAGUAACUGUGAGCUUCACAUCCCUUUCUCCAGGCAAGGGGAAGAGCAGUUUGGCAGGGGCUUUCCUCCAGCAACCCCACUUCUCUUAAUCCUUUCAAAUAGUGCCGGUCCUUGGUGACCAAUUAUUCAAAUCUGUGAGCCUGUGGAGGCCAUUCUUAUUCAGAAUACCACUGGAAGUGAGGGGCUCCUCAGGGACUUUGGGGUACCCUCCCAACCAAAGAGGAGCACAUAAGAUACAGAUACCCCUUCCUCAGCAAGUUAGACAGGGGGAAAUCCCUCUGCUAGGUUCAGUUCUCUUCAUCUGCACAGUCCUGGCUAGGAGCCAUGCCUUGUCUUAUCUGGGAGGUGCUUGAGCCCCAGCCCAAGUUGGGCAAUGGUGUGGAGGGGAUGGGCUGUACUUCUACUCAUCCAGUUCUGCACACUGGAUAGAAACGCCAUGUGAACCACAGAAAACCAGCAUUAUUGGGAUACAUUUCUUAUGUGAUAUCAUUCACCUGGAUGAAGAACAAGAUCUGAUGGUCUAAUAUGUUCAUUGUACCACAUAUCUGUUAUGGCUGUCCACUGUGGAUCAUGUCACCAUCCCCAAAGGAAGCCCUGCCCAUCAGUAAGUAGCCACUGCCUCUGUGGUUGCACUUGCUCUGAGUAUUUCCAGUAGUUGGGGUACACGGCUUUCUGUGAGUGCAUGGUUUCAUAGCACACCCACAUCAUAGUGUGUACUAGGAAGUCAGCUUUCCGUAACCAAGUGCAUUGAGCUGUGGAAGCACCUGAUACCCUCCCACUGCCGGGCACUUGAGUUGUCUACACUUGGGAGUGCUAUAAACAGCAUCACAGUGAACAUUUGUCCAUGCACGGUGUAGGCACGCUCUGGGUUUCUGGAGGGUGCUUCUCCAGUUGUAGAAUUUCUGCCUCACACAGUAACUGCUUCCUUAACUUACUGAUGUCACCAAGCAGUUUCCCAAACAGCUCUGCCUGUGCACCAGCAGUGGAUGGGGCUCUGGCUGAGGCUCCAGCCUCCAAGCCCACACUCUUUAUCUGCCCUUCCCUUCUGGCCAUCCAUACUACCUCAUUGGGUUUGAUUUGUAUUUUUCUUUUGACUGACAGUGUUUGUUAAUCCCAAAGAUUUGAGGAGAAAGACCACUUAUCAAAAUAGAUCCUCAUGGCCAAAUUAAUUAAAGCCAGCUUUUUAUCUGUGUCUCUCCCUAAAAGUGGGGUUCAAGAGAUCAGCAUUGGACUUAAGGAAGACAAGGGUUUUAUAGCUCAAGGGUGGGGUUUCUAAUGGGGGAUUUGGCAGAUAGGUGGGGGUACAGAAGAUAAGCAUAGCAAGGUAGCCAUAACGACUCCCUGAAACUAAGACAUAGUUGCCAGGUAGUCAUACCAAUAGGUAAUCAGUCAUAGGUGCUCAUAAUGAGCUUUGGAAACAGGCAUGUUGCCUGUUUCCUGGAACCAUGUGGAGUUAAGAUUACUGGGAAUCUGGGGAGGGGCAUAACCCAGUCCUUGAGAAACAAAAGGUUAAUCAAAACAAGAAUGAACCGGGUUUUUCUUUACUAUGAGUUGGCUUUCAAGCCUAAUUUCAAGGCAGGUUGGUUCGUCUUACUGAGCACCCUGUCAAGUUUGUCAUUGCUGUAAUUGUUGUUUGUGUCUUUUUUAUUGACUAGCAGGAAUAGAGUAAUGUGGGGACCAGAUAAACAAUUUACAGAUCUUGAUUUACUCCAAUCCUAUGGGUCCUCCCUCUCUCUCUCUCUCUCUCUCUCUCUCUCUCUCUCUCUCUCUCUCUCACUCUUGCAUCUAUGUGUAUGCAUAUGUAUUUGGAGGUCAGAGGUCAUCACCACUCAAUAGCUUGUAUCUUGGGGUGUGUGUGUGUGUGUGUGUGUGUGUGUGUGUGUGUGUAUGAGAGAGAGAGAGAGAGAGAGAGAGAGAGAAUGAAUGAAUGAAUGAAUGAAUGAAUGAAUUGGUCUCUCACUGGGGCCUCAGACUUCAGGAUCAGGCUAGACUGGCUGGCCAGUCACCCCCAGGGAUUCUGUCUUCACCUUCCAGCUCUGGAAUCACAGCAAGGGCUGCAUGGGCUCUGGAUGGAGCACAGGGCCUCUUGCGUGUACAGCUAUUUACAAAGUUGCUUUUGCCAGUUUUAACAUCAGAAUGCGUUGCUGCUUAGAGAGAAAAGUCCCUUGGCUCCAGCCUAAAUAUUCUGGGUUCUAUGUGAGGUUCUAUGUUGGUCCUGCCUGAGCCAUCUCUCCAGUCAGGACGAAAUCACAGAGGGAGGUGAAGCUGGGCAGAUAGACACAAGGUUGAAUUCCCCUUCACCGAUGAGUCCCAGAAUUGGCAGAAGUCCUUAAAGUCCAACUAGCACUGUACACCUGCGGUAUUCACUGUUUCCUUGUAGGGUGGUCCCAAACCUGUAGUACUUAAUCUGAAGUCUGGCCCGGGAGCAUAAUCCAGGUUCCAAGUGAGGGUUUGUGGGUUUGAAGUGCCAUGUUGAGAGCAGUGUGGGCAGACUGUACCUCCCGCUGGCUAAAAUGCAGGGGCUGUGUUUUGGGGCUCACUGUCUCUGCCUGCACUUCCUUUACUGGUAGAUUUUCCCCUGCAGAGAGAGCCCUGUGGUGCUCUGCAGGGUUCCAGUUCUCAGGUUUUCAUGCCAAGACUCCACUUCCAGGGGAGGAAUGGGAAACCUGGACAGAGAGACUGGCACACCACACUUCUCUUAUUGAAAGGAAAAUUAAUCAGUGUUCACAACAGAAACUUAAACAUAAUAAAAGGCGGCUGGCAACACUGGUUGUAGAUUUGAUCAAUGUGUACCUGUGUGCAUUUGGAGUAUAGAUUCUGACUUAUAAUCACAGUUCUCUCAGCAGUGUGGAAACCUUAGGGAACAAAAUAGUAACAGGUGAGGAUUCAGAAAUAAAUAACAAUUUAGGGUUAUUGGAAAAGUACAAUUUUCUGUUCCUGUGGGAAUUGUUCCUGCCUAGAAGGGCAGAAUAUAUAUGAUUUAAACUUCCAUCUCUCACUUUCUUCUUAAUAUAUGCUGCCUCUGGUUGCACAGAUGACUCAGAACUGCUUUUCAUAUUUAUUUCCCAGUACUGUGGGUUUUCUAUCUCUGGCUUCCCCACUUCACUCAACACUAAUCUCAUUUAACAAAUACCUCUGCACUGUGCUCCCCCAGUUAACACAAGUGCUUGCUGGGACCAAACACCUUGCAGCCAGUUGCUGUCUUAGGGGAGACUUUACAGGUUUGCUUGAACCCUGGUGGGAUGGGGCCCUGGAUGGUCCCUUUGUGUGUGUUAUGAAGUCGCUGCAAAUGUGGAUGUUUCCAAUUCUUUUGGCUGUCUACACAUUCUUAACAUUUAAAUUACCCAAAAAACCUUCAGAACCUCAAUUGUGAAGAAGGCAAGCAAGGGACGAGAAGCCCGGAGUGCCAUCCUCUUAUGUGUCACGUCUCAGACAAGUUGAUGAUGCUUUUGGCAUGCAGUUUGUAAGCCACCACAGCAAGUGUGACAGUGGCAUAGAUGCGGGUCCAUGGUUUGAGGAGAUGUGGCCCUGGUAGCUUAGACAGAAUGACUUAGUCUCCAUAGAGGGACAAACUCACAUAGGUUGCCCAGAGCUGGUGGGCAGCUUCGCUGUUUACUUGUGUUCCUGCCCUAUCUUCUGUGCCACUGUGGCUAAGACCAUCACCAGUGUAUCUGUGUUCUGGUGCACACAUAGGAGAGAACAGAGAGGAAAGGAACUUGGUCUGCAUUGGCAGGGCACUGAGGCUCAGAAAACCACUGCAGAUGCCCUCUGCCCCAGUUGCAUGCAUGGGCUUGUGUCUGAGCCCUCAGAAUCCCGCAGGCCGUGGUGAAUUAAACCCCACCAGUGUGGAUGCUCCAUCAAGGCUAUUUUGCCGACAUAGUGUUGUAAAACUUAUUUGCUGAUCUAAGAACUGUAUCUGCUAGGAAGUUUUCCAAAGGUUGGACUGAGACACUAAGAAACAGAAGCCACCUGAAGUUGCGACAUCCAAGGCACGGGCCCUCUAGGAUGUGCCAGGACGGCUCCUGGUCUUUGUUAUUUGAGUACAAUGUGCCUGUCGACAGGGAGUGAGGACCAUCUGAGGCCUGCCAUUUGCAUUCUUGCAUCCAGUGGAGAUCAUAUUAAGAACGUUUUUGUCAUUGGACACUUUUUCUUAACAGUCUUAAUAACAUCCACACAACAUUUCAUGCUUCCCCAGGCAGUGGGCUCUACCCAUGAUUGGAUUCUGGAUGCUUGGUGCUUGGUGGCUCUCAUGCUGCACUUUUGGAUGGGGUCUUGAUUAGUUCUCUGGGGUCAGUUCCUGGAAGAGACAGAGUAGGCUGUUCAGGGCUCUUCCCAAAGAAAAACCAACGUGCUUUCUAGAAAGCAGCGUCUACACAGCAGCCACGUGUGGCAUGCUUGUGUCACCUCAGCUAGCAUCGGGUGAUUCCUUCAGUCUUGAUAAUUAAACUGUGCGUUUGGCUUUAUUCUACAGUGUUGCCUUUUUUUCCUAAACAUAUCGACUAUUUCUGCUUAUUCUCUUGGGUUUUAGAGUUGAAUACAUUUUUGUCAACCUCAGUUAUUCAAACAUUAGUUGUUUUACUUAUUUUUAUUUUAAGACAGGUCUUGUUAUGUAGCACAGGCUAGUCAUGAACUCAACAUUCUCCUUUGUCCUACUAAGUGUUAGGAUUACAGGUGGGUGCCAUUGUGCUUGGGACAUUUAAAAAGUGUGCUACUUUAAAAUUAGAUGUUUGUGUCAUAUACUUUUUAUUUAUGAUACCAUUUUUGUGCCUUUCUUGUGGCAAAUAGCUUUUUCCCUUAAUUUUUCUGUGCAGUUUUUAAACUAAAAUCAAUUUUUUACUUUGCCUAAUCAAAUCUUGAUUUUUUUGUGAUCUAUAUCAUUUGCAGUUUUUGUGAGCCCCUGCUUGCUUUUUUUAUGUCAAUUUUUCAUAUUUUCUACAUGAGUUUUAAAAUUAGAUCAGAUUAGAAAAAUUAAUCAGGAUUUUAAUUGCAAUUUUAUAAACUGUGCCUGGGUCCUUAAGAGGAUUUGAUGGUUAUUAACCAUAAGUGCUUAUCUGUCUGUUUGUCCCAUAGAAUUCAUUAUUGUAAACAAAACAAGGCACUUGGCUUAAUCCUGAGUAGAGAAACCCUGCAAGCAGCUAAUAUGGUUUAUAUGAAAGGAGUGUUUCAUGAUAGAAUAUUUGAUAAAAGGUUUAUCCAGAUCAUGAGGUGGAUGGCCAGGGGACGGGUAUUACUAGGAUCCAGUCUGUCUCUGGAUCUGUCUAUCUGUUUGAUUUUUCACCUUUGUCUUUGUUUCUCUCUCCUUCCUUGUUGGCUGUUAUUAAUGGAUCUGCUUCUUUUCCUAGCCAGUGGCAGUCCCAAAGUAACAUUAUAGGACGGCUCCACCGUCAGCUCGCCCGGGAAUCAGGAGCCCAGUUAGCUCAAUGGUAGGCCUUAGUGCAUGUCUUCCCUGGAGCUGGGCUGGACUUAGCCUUGGGAAAGAGUCAGUGGUGUGACAAAACUGGGGUCAAAUGUUCCAGACAACAAUUAGAUUGUUUCCUGAAGGUCUGUAGCAGGAGUUUACGGGGUAGCUUAUGCGUGGUGGAGAUCUCUUCAGACUCUGGUUCUCACUGCUUGGGAAGUGGAGGAAGCUAUCAGAGUUCUGGUGGCACCUUCACUGCUGAUCUUGAGUAUUGCUAGUGUUGGUCCUGGUAGUGUAUACCUGGCUGUUACCCUGGAGAAGGCUUCUUUCCUCCAUCUAUGGUUAGAGAGCAUUAGUCGGCUAAGCCCCACAGGGAGAGCAUGGGCUUCAGAAGUUGUGUUAUCUCUGAUUUUGCUGAGUUUUGUUAUUACUAGUGAAUCCAAAUAAAAUCUGGCCCAGUAGAAAAUGAGGCCAUUCUCCCCUUUUGAUUGCCUCUGUGCCAGCUGAUCUCACUCAGGGAAGAAGUAGACAGUAGUAUGUCAGUGAGGCUACUGAGGAAGGUCAUGGUGUAUGUCAGCUAAAAACAGCAAGGGGAGGAGGAGCAGGGCAGUGGGCGUAUAUCAAUGCAAUAGUUCCACUCCCCCCCAUUUUUGUGUAUGCAGGCACACGUGCAUAUGUGUGCAUUUGUAUGUAGAGGCCUGAGGUAGGUAGUGGGGACCAUCUUCUACCUUAGGCACUGAGGCAGGUCUCAUAUGAAUAAUAUCCAGCUUGCUCUGGGAAGCCCUACCACAUCUCUGUCUUCCAAGGCUGGUAGGUUUAACGAAAACAGCAUAUCAAAAAGUUGUAUUAAUCUAUAUAUUUAUUUCCUUGCUCAUUGGUGUUUUCUAGUCCUUUGUUUUGAGUGGCACUCUGUUUUUCUGAGAAAGGUCUUGACAAGCUUAGACUAAGUGGCUAUGUGAUUGGGGCUUAGUGGGCUGAAGAGAAAAUUCAUGAGUUGGGGAGAUAGCCUAGACAUUAAAUGACAUAGGAAAUCUUUCCUUGCUGUUGUGAGGUCCAUAGAAAACUCAGUUGGCACGUGCAUGUCCUAGUAGUGCAGAAUCAGAGGCAGACAAGUCCCUGGAGCUCACUGGCCAGCCACCCUAGCAUACUUGGUAAGCUCCAAGCCCUUAGAAGACCCUGUCUCCAAAAAAAAAAAAAAAAAAAAUAGCUAAGAUGCCUAAGAAAUGAUAGCUAAGGUUGUUCCAUAUGCAGGUGCAUAUGCAUGCAGCUUCCAGACACAGACGAUGUACACAGACGAUGUACAGAUCUGAUCUGCUCAGGAAUGCUAGUGUCCUACUCGAGUCCUUUAUUUUGUCCAGACGUGUAGGGCAUUAGACUAGGUUGAAUAGCUAUGGGAUUUAGUUAUAGCCGAUCUCUUUAGAAGAGUCCACAGACUUGAUUAAGGACUGAUUCUGCCCUCCCAGAACCUGAGUGGGUUUAUUCUGUAUCCAUCACAGCAGGGCACUUCUCUGUGAAACAGGAGAACCACUGUCCAGGAGUGCUGGGGAGCCAGGUGGGUUGUGUAGCACGCCAUUAAGACUUGGUCACUUAACAAGCCUGCUCCUGAACCGGCUGUUCUAGUAGGGUCUCUCUAGGACAGAUGGUGAAAACCACUAGUAGAACAAUCCAGAGAACCCAUUCGGAAGGUCCCGCUAGCAGGUGCUGGCUUGCUCACCCCCAGAACAGUUGGCUUUGAAUUCAACCUCUGAUGAAGUGGCUGAUGGGUAUUUAAUAACUAUGUUCUUUAAAAACCAACCACAGGUUGGGCUGGGGAGAUGGCUUAGUGGGUAAAAUGUUUGCUGUGUAAACAUGAAGACUUGAGUUCAAAUCCCCAGAACCUAUUGAUAAUUUAUUAAUAAUCAUGUAUUAAUACUUUUAGUAUUGCUGCAGAGACCUGGGAGGUGGAGCUAGGAACCUCGCCAUAGUUACAGGCUAGCGACAUGCUCUACAGCAGCAAGCAAAAAGACAGCCCUUCUCAAAGUCCAACACUCACGCUGUGAGACAUGUGUAUGCCAUGGCACUCAGCCCUCCACACACACACAUGGCACUCAGCCCUCCACACACACACACACACACACACACACACACACACACACACACACACACACACACA